AUGGGCACUUCCGACGACCUGCUAGCAAAGCUUCUGGCCAUGAAGGCCCAGGAAAAGCCCGCUGACAAAGAUGUCUCGAUGCCCGACAAAAGCGCGCUGGAACAAGAAACGCGUCUUAACCAACGCAUCAUCAAUGAAGAAUACAAAAUCUGGAAAAAAAAUGUGCCCUUUCUUUACGACUUCUUUUCGGCUAACGCUCUCGAGUCACCCUCUCCCUUUGUCCAAUGGCUCCCCAAGGCUGACGAGCCGCUCAACGCACAAGCCAGGUACUCGACCCAUCGAUUGUUUCUAGGAACUCACGGCCCCGUGGAACGUCUUGUUUUUGCAGAGCUUGACUUGCCGACAGGUCCAUUUUCACGGCCACCAAUAGUGCCUGCACACGCCAAGCUCACGGGUGUUUUGUCGUCAGUCGCAUUCAACACAACCAAUGCAGCUCCGCUGUCGGCAGAUGCAGCUACGGCCGCUCGCAAGUUUCGUAUCCAGCAUGCAUACCGACAUUAUAACCCAACAGACCCUGCUCCAGCGUUUGCAGCACUGGCCAGCUCCGGUGGUGCCACUCUUAAUACGCGUAACCCGGCACAGUUUGCGGCUUUUGCAACGCACGGUGAUAUUGUGGUGUACAAUGUGGGUAAAGACCCUGCAGCCACAGACUCUGCAGCGCAGCUGGUGCUUGUAGGUGGACAUUCUGUGGCAGGUAGCGCACUAGACUGGGCCACUGGGUCUGCCACUAAACCUGGUAGCGCGCUGGUAUCUGGAGCUGCGGACGGAAGUGUGGCUCUGUGGGACGUGAAUGCAAGUCCAGCAGUACCGCCGAUUCGUCGACGAAUAGGGUUAAACGGUGACAAGGAAGAAACGUUGGCAGUUUCAAUCAACACACCAGUGCCAGUGGUGCAGCCGGUAGCGGUUGCGGAGCAGCUACACGCGGCUGCAGUGACAGCGGUUGCAUGGGACCCUCAUAUUGCGUCUGUGUUUGGUACGGCAUCUGCGGACGGGAGCUUGUGCAUUGUGGACACACGCACAAGCAUUGCGGAUCCUGUUGCACGGGUGGCUAAUGCACAUGUAUAUGCUGUGAGUGCUGGAGGGUCUGCGGCAGCCUCUGCGGAAAAUGAAAAGCCCAGCAGUAGCAGCAGCAGUGGUGGUGGCCGAGGAUCGCGAUCGUCGGGCAAGUUGACGCCGGAGCCCGGAAGCUCAAAGCGGGGUGGAUCCUCGACAUCUGUGGCUACACCAGCCCCACCUCCUCCUCCUGAGCCCGAGUACAUUUCCGGUGCGGUCAACAGCCUUGCGUUUAACCCGCAUAAUGAGUACGUGCUUGCGACAGCGGGUGCAGACGGUGAGGUACAUGUUUGGGACAUGCGAAUGCUUGGAGAGCCCAAACCGGUGUUUGCGCUAAACGGGCAUGUUGGUGGAGAUGCGGUUGUAGUGCGGUGGUCGCCGCAUCAUGAGUCUGUGCUUGCAUCUGGCGGACUUGACCGGCGGGUACUUUUGUGGGACCUUGCACGGGUGGAUGUUGAUAGUGAAGACGGUGCUGCUGGUGAUUUGGAGGAUGGACCGCCGGAGCUUUUGUUUAUGCACGGAGGUCAUACAGCGCCGAUUGCGGACGUGGCAUGGCACCCUACAGUGCCGUGGGUGGUUGCAUCGGCUUGCGAAGACAAUAUUGUGCAGGUAUGGAAGCCUGCUGACCACGUGACUGCGGUAACGGAGGCCAUGUUUGAUGGUGGUGAGACAGAAGCAGAGGAGGAGGAUUGA